AUGUCAGUAGUCUAGACUAAAUGCGGAGAGUAAUAUUUCAUAGACAGUCUGUAUGAUGAGUCUUUUAAACAGAAUAAAGAAGGUAAUUACUGGAGUAACUUUACAAGAAAGAUAUGAAGCAGCUAUGGUGUUGAGCGGUGUAGGAGAUGCUCUGGGUUACAAGAACGGUAUCUGGGAGUGUUGCCACUUGGGAGAAGAAAUUCACGAGGAACUGAAAGAAAUGGGCGGAGUGAACAAAAUUAAAGUGUCGUUACCAGACUGGAGGGUCAGUGAUGAUACAGUGAUGCAUAUCGCAACGGCGGAGGCCCUUAUAGAGUGGUUUGAUUUGACAAACACGGACGGCGUAAUCUCAGAGCCACAGGAACAACUUUACUUAAAACUGGCCGCGAAAUAUAAAGAAUGUUUGCACGACAUGAACGGAAGAUCAGCGGGUUUCACGUGUGUAGGUUCUUGCGGCCUUUUAAAACCGGGCGAAAGUGGCGGCUAUAUUAUUCCAUUCAGUAAGAAAGGCGGUGGUUGUGGCGCUGCUAUGAGGGCAAUGUGUAUUGGAUUGUUUUACCCACAUCCCGAAGACCUUGAAAAUCUCAUUAUUGUUAGUGUUGAAUCGGGACGUAUGACACAUCAUCAUCCUACAGGGUACCUAGGGGCUCUUGCCACAGCCUUGUUCACAUCAUAUUCAAUCCAAGGGAGACCAUUGAAAGAAUGGGGUGUGGGUUUAAUGGAAUCACUGCCGAAAGCGCUUGAAUACAUCAAAAAAUGUAAGAUAGAUGUAGAAGAAAAUAUAGAAGCUUGGGAUUACUUCACGAAGCAGUGGACAGACUAUCUACAACUUCGGGGUAUAUCUGACGGCAAAAAUUCUCCGAAGUUUCCCAAAAAGUAUGGCGUUAAAGAACGCGAUGCGUUCUAUAAAUCCAUCGGUUACACGCCUGGCGGCUUUGGCGGACAUAGUGGUCAUGAUGCACCUAUGAUUGCAUACGAUUCGUUGCUGGGCUAUAACGGCUCGUGGUCAGAUCUAUGUAAAAGGGCUAUGUUCCAUGCUGGAGACAGCGACAGUACAGGUGUUAUCGCUGCUUGUUGCUAUGGUGCUAUGUUUGGAUUUAAAGGUGUCAACAAAAAUAACUAUAUAAAUCUUGAAUAUCGAGAACGUCUGAGAGAGCUCGGUGAGAAGUUGUAUAGGAUAAGCCACCUAGACAAGUUUAAAGAACAACAAACGAAAGCAGAAAAUGAUACAGGGUCUUUACCCAAACCUUCGACAAGUAAAAAUAGUGAUGAAUUAAUUGUAAACUCUGGACUUACAACGGGAAUAAUUUUAUCAAGCCACGUUUCCUUUUAUAAGAUCAUGAACAAGUAUAAACAAGGAAGGACGGAAGCUAAAAUUAAAAUGGAAAGCUCUAAUCGUGUGGUUAAUUUAAAGGAUAGGUAUGAGGCAGCUAUGGUAUUGAGUGGUGUAGGUGACGCUUUGGGCUAUAAGAACGGAGAAUGGGAGUUCUGCAACUCUGGAGAAAUAAUACACAAGGAAGUAAAAAAACUUGGUGGUGUGGACAAUAUUAAAGUAAAUCCGAAAAAAUGGAUGGUCAGUGAUGAUACGGUUAUGCACUUGGCUACAGCAGAGGCCCUGGUGGAAUGGUUCAGCUUUACGGAAUUAAAAAACGUUAGUUCAGAACCACAGGAACGCCUCUACUUAAAACUUGCCGAUAAAUACAAAAUGUGUAUGCACGACAUGGCGGGGAGAGCAGCGGGUGCCACUUGUAUGGGUUCUUGUCAUAUGUUGAAGCCAGGUAGAAGUGGAGGCUAUAUUAUUCCAUUUAAUCCCAGAGGCGGUGGAUGUGGCGCUGCUAUGAGGGCAAUGUGUAUAGGACUGUGUUAUCCUAAUCCUGAAGACCUAGACCAACUUAUUGCCGUCAGUGUGGAGUCUGGACGUAUGACUCAUCACCAUCCUACAGGAUACCUAGGUGCUCUUGCUGUGGCUUUGUUUACGUCUUAUUCCAUUCAAGGAAAAGCUGUGAAAAGUUGGGGAGCUGGAUUGAUGGAAGCAUUGCCAAAAGCUCUUACUUACGUUAAAGAAAGUAAAAUAGAUGUGAAGGAUAAUGUAGAUGCAUGGGAUUAUUUUACAAAACGAUGGACAGACUAUUUAGAACUACGAGGCAUAUCGGACGGUAUACAGAAUCCGAAAUUUCCGGAAAAAUUUGGCGUGAAAGAACGUGAUGCCUUUUAUAAAUCCCUCAGUUUUAGCGGCUGGGGAGGUGCUAGCGGUCACGACGCACCAAUGAUUGCCUACGACGCACUUCUCAGUUAUGACGGGACAUGGCCGGAUCUCUGCAGCCGUUCAAUGUUUCACAGCGGAGAUAGCGACAGCACUGGUGUCAUAGCUGCUUGUUGCUAUGGUGCCAUGUUCGGCUUUUAUGGUGUCAACAAAAAUAAUUAUAAGAAUCUGGAAUAUGGAGAACGUCUUAGAGGGCUAGGGGAAAAGUUGUACGCAAUAAGCCAUCCUGGUGAUAAAGAGGUUGUUGAUAAAGUGAAGAAGGAAGAUCGGAAAACGCUUGAACGGAUAGAUUCGUUACCAAGACCACCCUCGGACGAGAAUUUAAACGAACAAAGACAGAGCCCACUAGGAGAUAUUUCAGAACAUGCUGCUGAUUCGGAUGAACUUAUAGAAAAGAGGAUGCAUGAUUUAUCAAAGUGAAAUUCUACAAUUCCUAUAGGACAUACAUUUGUGUAUAUCAACAUUGUUCAAAUAUGUACCUUUUAAAAGUAGUAUUUUGUAUUAAUGUUAUCUUUUUACUAAGUUUGUAACUAAGUUUGAUACUUUAAUUUACUUUUCUAGUUAAGGUCUAUUGUAUAGUUAUCUCGAUUCUGAAAUAAAAGGGCAGACUUGA